UUAUCUGUGGACAUUUGUGAACGCCGUCAAAAAUAUUUGGCCAAUGAGCGUGCGUUGUUCUAUACAGGUUUUGUGGGACUUCCAAGUAUUUCACUGACGCAACGAAGGGUUUACUCUGACACAAACAUGUCUGGUCAACUUCUUUCGAUUUUACUAUCACCGUUGUUCCCCUCGAUUUCUCCGCAAAAAGACCAUGGCAGAGCCUUAUAGUAGACUAAGACGAAAAAGAAAGCGGACCCAUCCAGCGAAGUGCCCUUGCUGCCGCUCCGACUCCGAACUGCAACAGGAAAAUGGUUUUGCCGUCUGCAAAGAGGUACAUUUAGAUGAAGCAGGUGGUGAUAGUUCCAAACCGAAAAAAAGGAAAGGAGUAAAAGAGGCUGGACAUGGCAAUGAUCACAAAGAGGACAAGUCAAAUGAUAACUUGAAAAGUCGAAGCCCUUCUCCUGCUCCUAAAAAGGCACCCAGAAGGGGAUCAAAAAGAAAGAGGGGUGUAAAUAAUCAACAAGAAAAAAGAACUGAUGAGUUAUCACAUAAUAACAAAGAAAAGAAAGAAUAUCCAAAAGUCAGUUCCUCAAGUUACAGAAAGAAACCAGACAAUGCAAGAAAGCAGUUUGAAAAUGUUAGGGGAGAUAAAGAAUUUGAAAGUGAUGAUGAGGUUGCAUUGUCGACUCUCAAAACAUUAAAAAACACAAAAGCCGUGAAGCCUAUAAAGGGGCAAUCAAAAAAGGGGACAAUAAUAAAUGACAAUAGUAGAAGGUCCAAAAGAGCUUCAAUUUCCAGGGAGAGUGCAGAACUGAACAGAAAUAAAGAUACAUCUCCAGUAGAGAAAAAUGACAACGAGGAUAGCUGUGAAGGGGAAAAGCCAUUCGCAAAAAAAUCCAAAGGGAAGAAGAAGACAGUCAUUUCCAAAUUGGGAAAGGCAAAAAAUAAACCAACAGAAACUGCUUUGAAUGCUGAAGAAAUUCAAGAAAAGCUUGAAAAAUCUGCUAAGCCUGUUAAUGUUUCUAAAUUGUCUCCAAAUAUUAGAAUGAAAAUAAAGGUAUUUGAUCAUCUUUUUGCAAAUCUUAAAGAGUGCAUUAAUGACAAGAAACUAACCAUGAAACUUGCAGCUAGUAUUCUGUUGAAUGUAUCAGCUCAAGAUUUAAAUGAGGUUAUCCCUAAGGAGGUUAAUGAAAAAGUAUUUGGGAAAACUGAAGAAGAGCUGGGCCAAAAGGAUUUCGAUGAUCCAGAUCAGAAAGAAAUAACAGGCGUUGUAAAUCGCAAAAAAGAUAAAAAGACCAUUGUCUCUGAUUCAGAAGAGACUAUUUCCCAAGCAGCAGAGGCAUUGGUCAGUUUUAGAUCAAAAUCUCCGAUUCUCCGUGAAGAUAGUAAAAAGAUAGAUAACAAUGAAAGUAACAAACAGCAGUUCUUGUUCCCUAUCACAUCGAUGGCAGGGCAGGCUCCUGUCUCUGUGGUAUCUACUUCUUUUAGUCCAACACAAGCAGUUCAAGCACUUAUCCAGAUACAUUCCUCCAGUCAGCUUGGGCAUCAGGCAUUCCCGACCUCUGCUGCAGAAACAAUGCCACUGCCACAGCAAAUUUUUCAAUCACCUGGUGGCUAUCCUGUUGCUUCGCUUGCAGGCAUUGCACAUUCAGUGCCUUCACAUAUCAAUCAAAACCAACCAAUUACAGUGCAAUGUACCCUACCAACCUUCACCCAGCUGGCAAACCACCUGAGACAACCUUUGGUGACAAGCGGUGUUAAGCCAUUGUUAAAUAAGAGUGUUGUCUCACCUCCUCUCCAGGCUACUCAGAUGCUGUUCUCCUCACAGUCACAGGCAAAGACUCAUUCCCAAGCUGUGAAUACUCUUCCCCCUAACCAGCUACAAGUGUUAACCAGCAUUAAUCCAGACUCCCCAGCUUUGCAAGCAAAACUACAGCCUCCACAACAACCCCUGAAAGGAAUGGAGGAAGUGAUUGGUAAUGUGGGGUCAAAUGUUCCCUCACUCAUGUGGGGCACCACACCCGUAGUGUUCCUCGGCAGUCCUCAGAAUCUUGGAGGUGUUCCUAGGAACAUCAUAGCUGCUCAGUCAAACCCUCACGAUCCUGGGUACCAACACCAUGUUGCCUUAAAGCCUAAGGCUGAGGGGGUGGCUACUGGGAGUAGAGGUGGUCAGGGAGGGGUACCUCUAAUGAAGUCUCUAGGAGGUAGACCCAUCCUUCCUCGUACUCAAUCAAGAACAUUAGUAACAGACAUGUCGGCAGGGGCUUCAGGCGUUGUUCUUACUUCCACUGUCUCUAUGCCAAGUAAUGUCUUUCAUUCAACAAAUACUGCAGUGUAUUCUUCCAUUCCACAAGGGGCAGCAACUCCACAGGGGCAUAGCAUUAUGGUGGUUAGCCCAGUGGCAAGUAAAGCCCAUGCAAGACCACAAGCUGAGUCAGAGUCCGGAAACACUGACAGAAAUUCAAGAGCCCCAGGGGUAAGUGCAAAGCAAGCUGUGAAAAAGCUUGUUCACGAGAGAACCAAGUCAGCAGAGUUAAAACGGGAAGCACCUGAACGGAAACAAAAGACAAUGGAAAAUGCAAAAACUCUUGAGAAGAUACCAUCUAAUUUUCCCUCCCCUAAGCCAAAAAUAACACCCACAAAACCUGGUGCUAGACCUUCUGAAGAGGUACCUAGGUCACGGAGUAGUGAAUUCAACAUUGAGCAGGCCGCUACUGCACUUCUGAGUAUUGGCGCCCAUGAGGGUAGUGAUGGGGGUGUUAGGGAAAGCCCUUCACAUGAGGAAGCACACCCAGAGGCCCCGGAUGAGAAGGUGGUGUUCACCAGUAAGGGCAUGUUCCGUGUGGGAGAUGUUGAGGUUGACCCUGAGUACAACAGGAUUGGCAUUGAAGGGUACACAUGUGGCAAAUGUGGUAAGAUCUUUACUUCACUCAACUACCUUGCUCGCCACAUCAAGCGGGUGUGUCCUGACAUGAGCUGCCGAAAGUGGAAGUGUAGCAUGUGUGACAAGGCCUUCCGUCAUCCAUUUGGGCUCCAACAGCAUAUUUAUACCCACACAGGGGAGCGCCCCCACCAGUGUCCCGUAUGUCCGAAGGCAUUCUACAGCUCUAACGACCUGCGCAGACACAGCCGCAUCCACUCAGGGGAGCGUCCGUACAUCUGCAAGCACUGUGACAAGAGCUUUGCCACUACCAUUUCCCUUAAGACUCACACCUACAUCCACACCGGUGAAAAGCCGCACAAGUGCCCUCAGUGCCCUAAGACCUUUGCUACCUCCAGCAAGCUGGGCCGCCACAUCGUCACACACUCAGAGCAGAGACCCUUCUCGUGUGAACAAUGCAUGAAGUCAUUCAAUAGAUCCGGUGAUUUACGUCGUCAUUGUAUGACUGUCCAUGAAGGCAAGGAAAGGGCUUUUGUCUGCAAGGAGUGCUCCGUCAAGUUCACUAGAGCAGCUGACUUGAAGCGGCACUGCCUCACCGCUCACCCCACGAUUCCCUCUCAGGGGAAAACCCUAAUAUGUUCCACAUGCAGUGCCGCCUUCUCCACCCAGAUCUGCCUGAAAAUACACAUGGACACGCACCACAGCAAACCUAGUGAGCACACCUCGCAGGAGCAGGCCACGCCCUUCAAGUGCUUGACAUGCGGAAAGACAUAUGAUUCCGCUGUACAGCUGGACAAACACCAGCAGGCUCACGAGCCAGCAUCUUCUGGAGGAUAUAACUCGAUCCAGUUUCAACCAAUCGCUCCUCGCCCAAAGGAGCCAGAAGUUAAAUGAAUUGGGGAUGGGGGCAUGGUAUUUAUUUUAACUGUUAUUUUUCUUCAUGGUGGGGGUAGGUAGUUGCCUUAACCUUUGCUCAAGUUGAAAUGGCCUUCCCUAAAUGCAAAGCCGAAGUAAGGAAUAAUGGUGAAGGUUUCCUAAUCGCAUUUUUAAGUAGUUAGAUGUUUUGUUGAACUGAAUGAUUUUACCAAUUACAAAUUAUUAGAAAAUAUGGUUUCCUUAGGUUGGAUCCUUCCAACUUCCUUGAAGUUUGAUUUCUCAUUUUUUUUAUGAAAUUGAAAAAAAACAUUUGAAAAUACUUCAAACAUUUCUUUGGAGGAUUGAAUUUCCACAGACGAGUUCAGUUUGCUACUUUCAUGUCCCUCAUGGUGUGUGUGUGUGUGGGGGGGAGGGGUGGAUGGGAGGGUUUGUUAGAAAUGAUGGUCAUGCAAGACAGUGUCUAGCUUGAGAUUCAGUAUCAUUUGUAGUUCUUUCUGUAAAUAAAGCCUGCGAGCCAGGUCUCAAUCAGGGUUAUUUAAAAAUGUGGGGAUUAUAUGUUAGGAUUCCCAAUAUUCAAAAACAAGACAUUUCCGAAUAACCCUGAAUGCGAGCCGGCUAACAGGCUACUGUAAAUAUGGAUAUUUUUUUAAGUUAUCAUAGCUUCUUGUUGAAUUUGUCAUUUUGACAUUCUUAUAGCUUUCUUUUUGAAGUUUUCGGUAGUAUCAAAAUAUUGUUUAUAUCUUGUCUGUCUUCAGAUUUCACUUUUCUUAAGGCGUGAGUGCAUAUUUUAAUGUUAAUGGUAGGGCUAUCGGGAUGAGGGAAAAUUGAUCUUUUUUUGCAAAAAUGUGUUUCUUGGAGAUGAAGGAUUUAAAUCUAUAGAUAUAUAAUCUUGGAAAGUAGGGGCUUACCUGAAUAUGAAGUCCAAAUUCGCAUGUAGAUUGAAUAAUUGGGUAAAGUUUUGUAUUAUAUUCUCUUUUGUAAAGAUAGGUACCUAAUGUAAGAGUGAAUUGAUAUAGUCCUCUAUGGAUUCAAACGACUUUUGUAAAAAUUGAGAGCGUAUUAAUAAUAGAUCGUAAGAGUAGA